AUGACAGGUGUGAGCACAGAGCUGAGGACAGCAGACUCUCUGCUUGUGCUGCUGAGUUCUUCUCCAGAGUGUAACGGACAAGACACAGUGAAGCAGGCAGCAGGAGAGGCCCGAGUGAGAGAGGGACACACUCACACACUCACCUGCAACUUUACAACCACUGAUCGCUUCCCAGAUCUAUUCUGGUACAAGCAGGAAGGACAAGGAGCUCCAAAGUACAUGAUGUGGCGAUACAAAGGUGGAUCAUGGCAUAAUUCUCCAGAGUUUGAUGAAUCCAAGUUUGGUGCUGAGCUCGUGGGGAACUCUUUGUCUCUGAAGAUGGAGGCUGUGGAUGUGACUGACUCUGCUGUGUACUACUGUGCUCUGCGGCCCACACUGACAGGAAACACCAACACUCUGAACAAAAACCUCUGCAGCAAAGACAACACAAUAAUGCAGUGUCUCCACUAG